UGGAAGACUUCCCGGCUGGGGCACCAAGGUUCUGAUCAUUCAAUCCUCAAAGCCAUGACUUUUGACCGCUUUCAACUACUUCAUCGGCACCUUCGGCUCUUCAACCCCUUCAGCCUCGCCAAAGAGGCUGCCAAAGCUGGCCUUGCGAAGGUCUUCGCCGCCGCUGACGAGUGGUCUCGGCACCUACAAUACGCGUCAACUGAAUUCCUCAAGCCGGGCACGAAUAUCGCUGUGGACGAGUGUAUGAUCCGCUAUACAGGAAGGUCAUACCCGACAACACGAGUCUCAAAUAAGCCUAUCCCCGUGGGCUUCAAGAUCUGGGCCACGGCGCAAAAAGGCCUCUUCUUGCGGUGGCUUUGGCACGAGCCGGAAAAGAGAUACGGUCCAGUUAGCCUCGUAACGCGGCUUCGAUCUCAGAGAAGAAGGCGACUUUCCACACGCCUCAAUCCGACACAAAGCAUAGUUAUUGCCCUUAUUGACAAGCUGCCAAAAGCCAAAUAUCACGUCUUCAUUGAUAACCUCUUCUCGUCCGCUGACCUCUUUAGAAGCCUCCGUCAGUACGGCCACGGGGCCAUAGGCACGGCCCGCCGCAACUGUGGUAUCUACGCCCCCUUCGCGAAGCUCAAAGGCGAUGAUUCUGCCGGCCGGAGGCUCCUUCAGUUCAAUGAAGUCAGAAUGGCUCCAACAGUUGAUAAUAAGGUCAACCAAAUCGCGUGGAAGGAUAACGCCCUCGUGCUCUUCUUAUCUACUGUAUUCAAAGACGACGAGCUUGUCAUACGGAAGAGGAAGAGGCCAAAUACAGAUCAAGCCCGCGCACGGCCAAUACAGCGUUUUUUUGGUGACGAAGCCGUCAAGGCCUUUGCGAUCCCUUCUAUCGCCGCUACGUACAACGAUGAGAUGAACCAUGUGGACCGUGGCGACCAACUGAGGGCAUCACGAGGCUAUAGUCACUCAAUUCGUCGCGGCCCUUAG